AUGAAUUAAAAUAAUAGGGAGUAAACCAUCAUAAAGUUAUAGGGACAUUUGAAAGGAGCCACAAUAACUGUUCAUGGUAUAGAGUAUAAGUUAUAAAUUAGAGAUUGAAGAACUACUUUUAAGUUAAGAACAUAUAAUAUGGAUGUAAUAGAAGGAAAUUGAUGAUUUAAAAAAAAGGUUAAAAUAGCUUGAAAGUUUAGAUAUUUAAAAUGAAUAGAUAUUACAUUUUUAAAACAUUAAUGUUUAGUUGAAAACCUAGAUUGAAUUCUUGAAAAGUUAAAUAUAAGAGAAAGAUGCAUUGAUUGUUUAAUUUACUCAUAAACCUCUUUAAGGACCUUCAGCAGAGAUGAUUGCUGCUUAAUAACAACUCAUUUAACAAAAUUUAGUUCUAUAAAAUAUAAUUGGUGAUCUAUAGAAUUAGAUUCUCAAUAAGGAUGGAAUGAUAAGUCAAUUAAAAACAUAAGAAAGUUCAUUAGAUCAUUUGAUUGGUUAAUUAUCAGCUAAUAUAUAAGUUAAAAGAAGUUAAGUAGGAUCAGUUGAAAAAUAAAAAGAUAUCUAAAAUGCUUUAAAUGAAUUAUAAACAUAUCCAGAAGCUUUAUAAGAAGUGGUUUAGAGAAUAAUAUAAGAAUAUAAAAGAAUUUAAUUUUUGAUUGAUGAGAAAGAAAUAGAAAUUAAUAAUCUAAGGUCUAGAUUAUAAUUAUAAUAAUAAAAGGCUAAUGAUUCUAUAUAAGAAAUUAUAAAAAGAAAUCCAUCAUCUUUUGAAGAAAGCAGAGCUAAUGAAUUAAUUUUAUAAAAUGCAACUAUGGAAGAUGCUAUUAUUGAUUUAGAACGAAGAUUAAUUUCAUAAGAAAAUCGAAAAAAAGAACUUUAAUAAAAAUUAAUUGAUGUAGGAACAAAUAUAUUAUAAUUAGAAGAAUAAAAUGUUAAUUUAAAUUAAUCUGAAGAAUUUAAUCUCAGAGAUUAUUAACAAUCUUAAUAAUUAUCAAAUUUAGCUGAAAUAACAUUUUAAUAAUAAACAAAAGAUUAAAUUUUCUAAUUAUAAUCUUCACCUAAUGAUUUAUAAAUAGAUGAAUUAGUAAUUUAGAAUUAAAAAUAAGAUGAUUUAAUUGUAGAACUUUAAAAAAAGUUAGUUGAAAAAUAAGAUUAAUAAGAAGAAAUUUAAUUAGAAAUUGAUAAAAUAGAUUUAAUUUCAUUAAUGUAAAAUUUACAGGAUUUGAACAAAUAAUGUGAUUCGUUGAAAUUUUAAAUAUAAGAGAAUUAAAAUUAACUUAAACUUUUUGAAAAUCAAAAAAUAGAAUAAAAUAAAAUAAAAAAUGAAUUAGAAUAAUAAUUAUAAGUAAUUUAAGAUAAAAUUAAUUAACUUUCUCAAGAAAAGUCAGAUAAAAUUAAUUUUAAAGAUGUUGUAGAAUAAAAUGUAUUACAUAUUUAGGAUAUUAAAGAAAAAUAAUAAUAAAUAGAAAAUCUUAAAUAGUAGAAUGAAAAUUUAUAAAAUGAAAUGCAAAAUAUUCUAUCUAAAUAAAGUGAUGAAAAUCUUAGGUUGCAAAAGUUUAAUUAAUAAUAAAUGGAAAAAAAUUAGAAAUCAGAAAAUGCUGAUGAUUUAGUAAAAUAAAUUUUGGAAUUAGAUGACAUAAUUUAAAACUUAGAAUUUAAAUUAGUUGAAAAAAAAGAAAGUCAAUCUUAAUUAGAUAAAGAAUUAUAAAUUACAUAAAAAAAAUAAAAAGAUACAAAAGAUGCUAUUUAAUUAACUAAAGUGUAAUUAAAAGAAUUAGAAUAAGAGUUUACUUAAUAAAACUUAUUAAAGGAAAAACUAUAAGAUUAAAUAAAUGAAUUAUAAAAGGAUUUAAAAAACAAUCAAACACAAUUAGAUAAGUUAAAAUAAUAAGAAAAUGAUUAGAAGAAUAUCAUUAGUGAGUUAUAAUUAAAUAAUUAAAAACUUUCUGAAUAAGAAAAUCAAUUAAAAAAAUUGAAAUAAAACUUCAUUUAACAAAAUGAUUAAAUUAAAAUAUAGGAAUAAAAUAAUGAUGAAAAUAAGAGAAUUCUAUUUAAUCUAAGAGUUGAAAAUAAUUUAUUAUAAUAAUAGAUAGAUGAAGUUUAAUAAGUAAAUAAGGAAUUAUUGAGUAAAAAAGAGAAUUUAGAUAGUCAAACUUCAUAAUCAUAGUAAAUUUUGGAAAAUUUAAAAAAGAAUUUAGAAUCAUUAGAUUUUUAACUAAAAAGUUAGGAAAUUUUGAAAUAAUAAAAAGAAUAAUAGUUAAGAGAUUUAAAGAUAUAAAUUGAUUCUAUUAUUUUAUAAGAUUAGAUAGCUUUAUUAGAAGAGAAAAAGGAAAGUGAGAGAUAAUCUAAUGCAAUAUUAGAGGAUAUUGAAAGACUUAAAGAAAGAUUUGAAAUUAUAAAAAAUUAAUAGUAUAAUAUUGAAUAAUUGAUAGAAAACUAAAUGAAUUUAAAUUAAGAACUUUCUGAAGAUUUGCAAAAACAUAAAUUAAAUGGAAAUUAAUUAUAAGGUGAAUUGCAUUAUAUAAUUGUAUAAUUAGAAGAGAUGAAAUUUUAAAUUAAAGAAAAAAGUUAAUAAUUGGAGAAUUUAAAUGAAUAGUUUACAAAAAUUGAUGAAGAAGGUUAAAUGAUGGAAGCAGUAUUAUAAUUAAAAUAAAAGGAAUUGAAAUAGAUUUAAUAUAAAAAAGAAAAUUUUACAAAAGAAUUAGAUUAAAUUACUUAAGAAAUAUUUGAUUUAAAGAAAGAAAUAGCACUAAGAAGAAAAUAUUAGUAAUAAUAAAAUAAAGUUGAUUUAAAUUAAAAUGAUGAUGAUUUAGAAGAUGAAAUAUAAGGUAAGUUAAUUAAUUUAAAUACAAAAAAUAAUGAUUUGAAGGAUGAUUUAUAAAAAUUAGUAGAGUUAAGUCCAAUUCCAUAAGAAUAGAAAUAAAAUGAUGGUUCUGCAUAAGUUAGUUAAUUUAAUGAUUAAUAAGCUUAGAUAUUAAUAAAAGAUAAAGAUAAGAGAAUAGAAAUAUUAGAGUUAACAAUAUAAACACUUAGAUAAUAAAAUUAAGAAAAAAAUAGUAUGAUUCCAUCAUUAGUUUCUAAGAUUACUUAAUAAUAAAGUUUCUUUUUAGAAGAUGAUCCAAUUUUAGUAGAAUUAUAAGAUAAAUUUACAAAGGAAAGUUAAUUAUUAUAAGAUUUAUAGAAUAAAUUAAGAAAAACAGCAGAAAAGCAUUAUGAUUUAUCAAUAAAAUUAUAAGAAUGGGCUGAAAAAGAGAGUAGAUUAGCUAAUGAAUUAGAUGUAAGAAUUUAAUGUGUAGAAAAAAUUGAAUAAGAUUUAUAAAAAGCAUUUAAUAAAUAAUCUGAUUUAGAAUCAGAUAAAAUUAAUACUUUAUAAAGAAUUUAUUAAUUAGAAACUGAAAAUUAAGAAUUAUUAGAAUCAGAAACUAAUACAAAAAAUAAAUUAAAAGAAAAAAGAGAUUAUAUAUAAGUACUAUAUAAAAAUUUGGUUGAAAUGGAUUAAAAGUUAUUAUAAUUAAGAAAUAGAAUGUCUUUAUAUUCUUAAGAGGCUAGAUAAUUGGCAGAAUUAGUAGGAAAUUAAGAAAAUGAAAGAGAAAAUAUAAUGAGUAAUUUAUAAACUAUCAAAGAAGAAUUAGAUUAAAUAGAAUAAGAAAAAAAAGAAAAAUUGAUAUUAAUAUAAUCAAUUAAAAAAGAGAUAAUAAAUGGUACUUAAGAAAAAGAAACACUUGAAUAAGAAUACAUUACAAUUCAUAGUAAAAAUUUAUAAUUAAAAUCUAAAAUUGGAAUUGAAGAAGCUUUAUAUUAAAAAAUGUCUUAAGAAUUUGAGAUUAUGAAAAAGAAAGAAAUGAUUAAAUAUUAAAAUCUUUAUAGAGAUGGAUACACAUAAAUUGAAUAUGAAUAAGAUUAAUUUGAAAGUUUAGUUAAUGAAAUGUAAUAUGCAAAAAUAACAAAAGAUGAAAUAUUAUUUUUAAAACAAAAUUGUCAAUAAAAGUUAAAUUUACUUAUUUAAGAUCAAUAAUAUUUUAAUAAUAAUUAAGUCUUAAAAAAGAUAUUACAUUUAUAAUAAUUAUUAAUAAAAAGUUAAGAAAAUGAGAACAAACUUUUGAUAGAACAAAAUUCAAGAAGAUCAUCAGUUUUGGGUUUCAGAGUUUUUGAGGAUUAAACUUAAAGCUAAACAUUUAUUUUAGAAUAGGUAAUAAAAUGAUAUAAAACUUUAGAUUGAUUAAUUUUAAUACAAAACAACAGUAGUUGAAAUUCAGCUUAAUGAGCAUUGUUUGAUUAUUGAGAAUAAUAAUAAAGAAUAGUAUGAUAUUCAUAUUAAGUAUAUAGAAAACAAUAUUAAUAAAAGAUGGCUAGGUAGUGGAUUUUGGAUAUAUAUUUUGACUCUAAUAAUGAUUUGUAUCCAUUAGGCAUUUUGUAUAUUAAUUUUAAAGUAAUUUAUAAGUGUAAAUUAUAGGUAUCAAUAUAUUAAGUAAUAAAUAUUGCUUUGACUGGAACAAAAGUUUUAUAAUUAUAUUAAUUAUUAUUAUGA